AUGAUUUCUCGCGUGUCUCGACUCUCAAUCCGAGGCUUCAAAUCGACUUCCAGCCGUUGCGCCGACUACGGCUUUAUUGGCUUGGGUUUGAUGGGCCAGCAUAUGGCAAAGCACAUAUACAAUUCGUUGAAGCCACUGGAUAAACUCUAUGUGUACGAUGUGGUUCCACAGUCGACCAAGCUGUUCGUGGAGUCUGUGACGUCCGAGAACCCCUCGUCGAAAAGCCAAUUGGUCGCGCUUUCCAGCGUCUCUGAUUUUGUGUCGAAGGUCGAUUCUCAGUUGGAUUUUAUCGUGACUAUGGUGCCUGAAGGAAAGCAUGUGAAGGGCGUAGUUGAGGAGCUUGUUCUGGCGUACAAGGCAAACCCUUCAUCUGCGAAAACCACGUUCUUGGACUCAUCUACCAUAGACAUCCCCACCUCUAUUGAGGUCCACGAAUUUGUGAAAAAAAGUCUUCCUUCGUUUGAUUUCAUUGACACUCCUGUCUCGGGAGGUGUGGCAGGCGCCCGUAAGGCUUCAUUGUCCUUCAUGCUCUCGCGCAAAACACACGAAGACGUUUCGCCGGAGUUGACGACACUUCUCAACAUGAUGGGCAAAAACAUCUUCCCAUGUGGUGAAAACCACGGCUCCGGACUUGCAGCAAAAUUAUCUAACAACUAUUUAUUGGCCGUGACCAACUUGGCAGUGGCAGACUCAUUCCAAUUAGCCAAGGCUUUCAACUUGAACCUCCAGCAAUAUGCUAAGUUGGUGGCUGUUUCCACGGGUAAGGCUUGGGCUUCUGUCGACAACUGUCCGAUUCCUGGCGUAUACUCGAAGGAGAACAACUUGCCAGCUGACGAUGGCUACAAAGGUGGCUUCAUUACCAAGUUGACUAAGAAAGAUUUGGUUUUGGCUACAGACUGCGCUCGCGGAGCCGACCGUAUGUUGUUUUUGGGCGAAAUUUCUCGUAAAUGGUAUCUUAAGGCCUGCGAGAGGGAGGAUUUGGCUUCUCGCGAUUUGGCUGUCUUGUUUGAAUGGCUUGGUGAUUUAGAGCAGAAAGACGGCGUCGUCCACGACAAAAAAACCUCCGAGGAUUUUGAAUUGUAG